GCAGCGCCGCCCCCGCAGCGGGUCCGGGGAGCGGCACACGCGAAUGCACCCAGCGCCCCCCGCACGGGGCCUGCGCUGCCCCUACAUGCGUAUAUAUAUAUAAAUAUGUAUAUAUAAUAUAUGUGUAGGUACAGGCACAUGGCUGAAUCCGAUGCUCAGAAAGUGACUUGUCUCCAUCUGCCAAGAUGGUCAUAAACAUCUGUCUGCCGCAGUUCAAGCCAAGAAUUCACUGCAACAAGAUUUCUGCUGAUGGUUACGAAGUGGAGAACCUGAUUUCCGAAGACCUUGCCAGGAGAAAUCGUGGUUUCCGCAGCGAAUACUUCAUCAAACCUCCAGUCCACGUCACCAUCUCUUUUCCCUUCAACAUCGAGAUCUGCAGGAUUAAUAUUGACAUCUCAUCCGGGGGAUACCAAACCUUCUCCGGGCUCGAAGUCUACACCUCUACCUCAUGCAAUAAAAGCUCGUGGCAGAGCCCUGAAGGUCAGUUCUCAGGUCUGGCCGGUCAGCCUGUGUUGGACAAAGACACUUUCACACUGGUGGGCAAAGCUGUCUUAAAAAAUCAAAGCAAAGUGACAUUUGGCCACAGGGGCUUCAAGCCGAGACCUCCCUUCCAUCAGAUGGAAAACGUCUUCUCCUACCCUGGCUCUGUAUCUCAAGACCUCUGGAACAAAGGACCCGCUUCGCUGAGCAACGUGUCGCACUUAAAAAUCUGCAUCACGCACGUGGCCGGGGGCGGCCUGCCCUGCAUUAAGAAGCUGGAGGUGUGGGGACAACCCGCCAAGUCAUGCCCGCAGGAGGUGAUUGAGGGUGUUUAUCAGGUGGCCUCCCAAUUCUUCACCCAGGACAUGGGCAACGUCAAGCCAGAGCUCUGGACGCCGAUGGAGAGCGACUGCGUGCCCUUCAGCGCCAACGACAGCGAGCAGCAGACCCUCCGCAAGCUGGUGGACGUCGUCCAAGACAUCCCUGAAGAAUUUUUGGACCCCAUCACUCUGGAAAUCAUGACUUUCCCCAUGCUCCUGCCCUCCGGGAAGGUGAUCGACCAAACCACCUUGGAAAAAUGCAACAGGAGUGAAGCGUCUUGGGGCAGGGUACCCAGCGAUCCUUUCACGGGGGUGGCUUUCAGCCAGCACUCACAGCCCCUGCCUCACCCCACGCUCAAGGCCAGGAUAGACCAUUUCCUCUUGCAGCACAGCAUCCCUGGCACCAACCUCCUCGGGAGGGCUCAUGCCUCCGAAAUGCUCGUACCUUCUUCCAUGACGAUGUCUUCUCUGAAAAGGAAAAUGGACUGUAUGGAUCAGAGCUCCAUGCAGCCACCUUAUUUUUCUUCUACAAACUUGCUUGUCACGUCUACCUCAGAGAACAGUGCUAAAAAAAUGAAAACAGACAAUGACUCGCAUUUGAUCCACAUGGACUGUUCAACAGAUCUGGUCUCUCACGAACAAAAGCUCUCGGAGAGUUUGGACACGGCCCUGACCUCGGCGCUCAGCUCCAUGCCCUCGUUUACGGCCAAGCUGAUGAAAAGCCAGCAGCAGGCGCAGAGCGAGGGAGGCUGCAGCAGUUCCUGGGGUGCAGGCACCAUCCUCGAGCACAGCAGGAGCGGCCAGACCCAAGGAUGCGCUUCCUGCGGCAAAACCUUCUCCUCCUACUUCAAAACGGAGCCCAUUUACCAGCUCCCCUGCGGUCACCUCAUGUGUCGCCCCUGCUUGGCCGAGAAGCAGAAAUCCCUCUCGUCUGUCCUGUGCGGGAGCUGUAAACGGUCAGCGGCCACGCACGACGUGCGGAGGGUUCACUUCUGACCCCCGAGAACACGGAGCCGCCGCUGUUCCCGGUGUCUGUUUUGAUCUGCAGGACAAAGGCCUCGGAGAGCUUGUCCGUGGUGAUGGAGAGGACUUUGCUCUUCUGCUUGCCGAGUAGUGGGGGGUUAGAGCCAAGCGACCGGAGGAUAAUAAAAGCCAUAGCUUCUUUAACGAGGAAUAUGUAUUUAUACAGAACUGAUUUCCACCUCUCGCGCCCGCCCUGUCCCCGUGGCCCCGUGGUUUAGCAUAGGUGCCUUUCGGACUGUGAGUUUAGCUUCCCCCCUGCCCCCAGUUUAAAAACCCAUUUACGUAUUUGACGAGCAGCCGUUCGGUCGUGGAACCAGGCGAAGGUGCUUGUGCUUGACAAACGUACAAGCUCCCUGACUUCUCCCCUUCCUCGCCCUCCUCCUCGCGGUGCUGCGGGACGUCCCGUUCAUCCCGCAUCGCGACGAGGCACCGAGAGAGCCCGUGGUGAACGUGAGUAACCAGCAGCGACCUCGUCCUGCUCGUGCGAACUCUGCUAGAAAAGCCAUCGCGUCGCACCGAACGUCACUCUCUCGGUUUUAUGUCGUGUGACUGGACCAGCUCCCGUCUGGCUGAUAAAAACAUUUAAGCCUUAAUAAAAUGAUGUUUAAAGUCA